AUGGACGAGGAAAUCUUAGAGUUUGAAGAAAUUGAAUUUCACAAUUUUAUCCGCAAACAUGUAGUAAGUUGAAUCUUGUUAAAUUCUUAUGUCAGUUUAGGUGUGCUUACUCUUCUUGAUCGGGUUGUACUUCCUGAGCUUUCAAAUUAUUCAACGAUUCAAAACGAGAUCGGACAACGAUGACUUAUAUGCUGGAGACGAAGAUUUUAUUGUUUACCGCAUUUCGUAAGUGUUUUAUUCAACUUCACUAGUUUUCUUUUUAGUUUUGUGAUUCAUUAGAUAAAGAAUCUUCUGAAAGUUCUUGUAAACAUAGUUUUAAUCUUUUUAGCGUAUGGAUGUGCACUUUUUCCUUGGCCGUGUCUAUCGGGGCCAUAACGUUGCUUCCCUUUUCUGUCGUGGGGUCAGAAGUUUUGCUGUUGUACCCAGACAACUUCUACUUCAAAUGGCUAAACAUGUCGUUGAUAACAUCCUUGUGGAACUAUGUCUUCUUGCUGAGCAACGUGUCCUUGUUCUUCUUGCUUCCAUUCUCUUAUUUCUUCUUGGAAUCACAAGGCCUCAGCUUUCACCAUCGUCCCAAGCCGUUCCUGUCUCGAGUCUACGAGACUAUCGUGGUAUGUGUGUUGGUGUUCAUCAUUCUGAUAUGCUUGGCUAACCUGGCCUACUCGUUGUACCAACCUGAAGGACUACAUCUGGUCAUCUCCUUGAUGAACGUGUCGAAUCUAUCAAUUCCACUGGUCUACUCCUUCGUAUCUUUGGCUGGAGUGGGUCUGUUAUUGGUGUCAACUCCCAUUGGCUUCGCGAAGAUGUUUGACUUUGCUACAAGUUUACUCAACGAUGAAAGCGAGCAUAUUCCAGAACCGAAAGAGAGUGAUAUUGUAGUAGCUAUGAAUGGGUUUAGUACCAUCUCACAUACGACGGAUAUAUUGUUGAGGAAAAGACUGAUGAACGGAGGUGGAGAUGCAGGGGAAAUUGCUCCAGUUGAAGUAGAAUUUAAAAAAGAACAACGAAGAAAGUCGCUGAUCAGAAUGUUUUUGGAUGCGAUAAAGUAUCCCAUCGUUAUGAUUAUGUUGCUAACCCUUAACGUAAGUUUAUUUGAACUUUUAUUCCGUAAUUUUGAAAAUGUGUGGUUUACGAAUUUCAAUAUAUAAUGUUACCUAAAAUGUUUUUAUUUCAGUUAAUUUCCGUCGCAAUAGUGUUAAUCAACACGUUUAAACUGGUUUGCGGCUUCCGAGAACUGAAUGAAUAUGUUCAAUAUGUUGAAGUUCGCUCUCGCCACAGAUUUGGAAUCCCUGGAGCACUGUUCGAGAAUGUGAUAAUAAUGUAAGUUGCAGAUUUGGUGCCAUUUAUGUUUAGAUACAUCAUGUUCUCAGCGCUGGUCGGUGUCUAUUCUAUGCCACUUCUGCGUCGUGUGAAACCGAAAAGGAAACAAACUUCGAUGACUAAUGUUAUAGCUAACUGUGCCACCGCCCUAUUACUUAGUUGUGCACUGCCGGUACUCGCAAAUACACUUGGUAUGUCGGUAGACCGAUUUUACAUUAUAGAAGAUUUUGUGAUGUCACUUUAAUUUUAAAAGAAUACUAAGUUACCCAUAAAUAAAGAUGAUCCUUUCAGGAAUAACUUCGUUCGAUUUGCUGGGUGGAUUCGGACAUCUGAAUUGGAUCUCAAACUUCUCUCUAGUAUGGUUUUGUAACAUCUUCUUUGCAAUCGCGUCUAUCCUAUGUCUCCUCAACAAGUUUACAUUGAAAGUGCGGGUAGAAUUAUGGAAAAGGUAGGUUUUCAGUCUUUUUAAUGAUGUAAAAAGUAAUUUAUUACCUAAUUUUUAAAAAAAUUACCUAAAAUCAUGCCAUUCUAGGAUCUCUCAAAUUGGCCUACGCCAAACCGUGAAACAAGACUAA